AUAUUUACUCUUUUUUUUUCCCGGUUUCUUUACAUUUUUGUGCUAUUAAAGGAGUGCAUGAUUUAGAGAUGCAAAUGAAAAACUAAUUACUUCUAUUCUGACUAAGUAAAACAUUUUGGUGAAAUCAAGAAUCUGCAUUUUUAAUUUGUGCACAACCAAGCAUCUUCAUGCCUGUUUUACAGUGACUACAGAUAAUAGAAAUAGAAAUGCCUGAUGGAACUGUUUUUCUUUUUCUGUUUUUGAUCAUUCUGUUUUCUCUUUAUCAUAAAUUGUUUUUUACAAGCAAUAAAUAUUCUCUUUUGAUUCUGUUUCCGUUUUCAAGAUUUGAUUUCCUGAAGUAUUGUAACCACCUUCUAUUAAUUUAUGCAUAUCAUUUCUUACAGUAUUGGAUAAAAAAUGACCUCUAGGCUGUUUAAACCCUGAUAUCUCACGCUAAUUCCAUUGAGGUGCCGAGCACUUUGUUUUGCUGUUUUAGAUGAUUUUUUUCCCCGUUUGAUUAAGACUGCUGUUUUUUUUUAAUGUAAAAAAGAAAAUAAUUAUUGGUUACUCUAAAAUCAGUAGUGUUCAAAAACACUUAAAUGUUGUUUUUCUAAAUUGUAAUUUUGGCAUUUGUAUUGUAUGGUUGCUUUUGUUGCGUGAGUCUACUAUAACUAUGAUUGCAAUUAGCUGGAGAAAUCCCUAUCUUUAAGGAUUUAGUUUGGCAAGAAAAGAAAAGGGAAAUGAGCCUGGAAGAGAUUAAUUUACAUUUUGUGACAUGGUAGCUUAAAUUUCUACGUCAGCGGUCUGCUUGGAAACCUGAUGAUAUUGCAAUCCACACAGAAAUCCUAUGAUGUUGAUCCCUGACUGGUGGCUCAUCGAAUUGACUCCCUAAUCCUUGUGAGCAAUCCAAAGUGAAAUGUCCCCAUCCAAUGGCUCACCAGAAUCUGGGACUCCAUUUGGUGAGCUGUUCCGCCUGAUCUUUAUGAGCAGAAGUGGAAUUAAUGGAGAUUGAUAAGGAAAGUAAUAGAAGCACGCCUAGGGAAAGGGAAAACAUUUUGAAUCUAAGGCCAGUUGCACCUGAUGAAUGUGGUGAAGGUUUGCCAUAUGCUCCCGAGGAUUGGCCAAAUCCUGGUGAUACGUGGACUUGGAGGGUUGGGAGGCGAGUUGCUAUUACUGGCCAUUAUUUGGAUAGAUACCUUUACCUUCCAAUUCGUCUUUGUCAUCUUGAGAAUACAACACGUAAGAAACAUGGUUUUGCCAGCAAGCUUUCAGUUGAGCGAUAUAUCCGAUCUGUAUUUCCUAAUGCAGACAUUGGUAAAUUUUUUGCUUCAUUCAGUUGGAAGAUCCCAUCAAAGCAAUCCUCCAUAAAUGGUAAUGUCGAGGGGCACUUUUUUUUCCCUGUACCUUCUGAAGAGACGGCUGAACUUUUUCUGUCUGAUUCCCAGCAUGAUAGUGCGGGUUGUAAAGCUGGAAAUAAGAUGUGCACUAGUCUUGGGUUACAAACUGAAAAUCAACCCAUGGCUGCCAUGUCUUGCGAUAUAUGUUGCAGUGAACCUGGUUUCUGCAGUUAUUGUUGCUGCAUCCUCUGUUGCAAAACUAUAAGCUCAAAACAUGGAGGUUACAGCUACAUAAAAUGUGAAGCAAUUGUGAGUGAGGGUCAUAUAUGUGGCCAUGUUGCUCACAUGAAUUGUGCUCUUCGGACCUAUAUGGCUGGCACUGUGGGAGGAAGCAUUGGUCUGGAUGCUGAGUAUUACUGUCGGCGCUGUGAUGCAAGGACAGACCUAGUGCCACAUGUUACAAGGCUUUUGCGAACUUGUGAAACUGUUGAUUCCCAGGAUGAAAUAGAGAAAAUAUUAAAUCUUGGUUUCUGCAUUUUGCGAGGUUCACAGAGAGUUGAUGCAAAGGGAUUGCUGAAACGCAUUGAGGUAGCCAUCACGAAGCUUAAAUGUGGGACUAUUCUUGAAGAUAUCUGGAAAGUGGAAGGGGAAGUCUCAACCAUUUUGCCUGCUGUCUCUCCCAAUGGAAAUGCAAUGCUGGAAGUUAGUAAUCAUCAAGACAUUCUGGAUUUUAGAAAGAGCUCACCAGAUGUGUCCAUGUCUUCUGAUAGCCAGACUGAAUCUCUGAAACUUGAGGAUGAGAUCAAUCAGGUCCUCCAUGCACUACAGGUUUCACAGGAAGCUGAGUACAAAAUUGCAGAGGAACGACUUUAUGCUCAAAAGAAAUAUCUUCAGAACCUUUACCAGCAGUUGGACAAAGAGAGGUCUGAAUUGGCACGUCGCACGUUGAAAACCAACCCAGAUGAUUUGCUGAGUGCUGUGUUGAGCAGGGUGGACCAGAUAAAGCGGGAAGUGACAAAACUCAAGGAUAUGGAAGAAGUGGCCAAUGGAUUUGGAAGGACCUCAAAAGAUAUUCUUAAGGAACACUUUGGUUUGGAAGUUCAGAAAUGAGGUUUUUCUUCGUCAGGGGUUCAUCAAAUUUUGAUGGUGCGCUGUCUGCCUUCAUUCUUGAUCUAAUCAGCUGUAUAUUUUCAAAGUGUACAUGCUGUGUUACUUUCAUCUGCAGACACGUGAAUGAGCACACAUGCAGAGAUUCAGUUUUGUCAAGGAGGAACUUUAGGUGCUCAACAAGACAGGGUGGAAUUUGGGUGAUUCAAGUGAUCUUGGUGCCUUGAUGCUGAAUCAACAGUGAUUCAGGCUAAUGCUGAAUCAAACAAAGUAUGAUACACAAUAAGAAGUAAACACAGUUAAGAUUUGUAGAUUUGACCAGGAUUUGGAAAUACCUACAAGUACUCAACACACAGGCCUAGAAAUUGGGAAUUGGAUGACUUAUCUACAACUUUAAUACCGUUUUAUUCUCUUGUUGGUUCUAUCCGUCAGCUGAUGAAUAAUAACGCAUGAAUCUGUCGCAGAUGAAGCUGCAGAUGUAUGGUAUAUAUGAGGAUUGGCCAGACAGGUUGUGAAAUGACCAGCGCCAACAUUUCUUUUCAAUCUCUGUAAUCUUAGCUUGAAUCCCAUCUUGAUAUGUUGUCAAAUGAAUCUCCACUUGAUGAUGUGGGUUUCUAGAGUGCUCGAUUUAUUUGAUUAUAGUUCUUUUUU